AGAUACAACGAAUGAGGUCGGGUGGUGAUUAGGAUAUAAAAGGCAAAGCUAUACAUACACAGUCGUAUAUCUAUAUGUCUAACCCACACAGCAGCAGCAGCUCCUCCACCAACUCUAACAAACGCUCCUCUUCUUCUUCGUCUUCCAAUCUCGCCGCCGGCGAAGCGCCGUAUUUUUCUCCGAUGAAGAAAGCUAAGUCUCAGGCCGUCGCUUGUUCGCUCGAUUCCAACAAGAACGGCCACGUUCGAUUCGAUGACAACGACGCUAUGAUCGACGAUCCUAAUCCUAAUGAUCCUUCUCCGUCGGUUAUUAGAGCUUCGGCCGGGGGGAUUACGUCUAAUUUGGCGAGGAAGAAGGCGACGCCGCCUCAGCCGGCGAAGAAGUUUGUUAUUAAGCUUAAUAAAGCUAAACCGACGAUACCUACAAACUUUGAGGAGACUACAUGGGAAACAUUGAAGUCCGCAAUUACCGCCAUUUUCUUAAAGCAACCAGAUCCAUGUGAUUUGGAGAAGCUCUAUCAGGCUGUCAAUGACCUUUGCCUGCACAAAAUGGGGGGAAGCGUUUAUCAGCGAAUUGAAAAAGAAUGUGAGACACACAUCUCUGCUGCUUUACAAUCAUUAGUUGGACAGAGUGAAGAUCUUGUGGUUUUCUUAUCACUUGUUGAAAAGUGCUGGCAAGAUUUCUGUGAUCAGAUGUUGAUGAUCCGAGGCAUAGCAUUGUAUCUUGAUCGCACUUAUGUGAAGCAGACUCCAAAUGUGCGUUCAUUGUGGGACAUGGGUUUGCAGCUGUUUCGCAAACAUCUUGCCCUAGCUUCAGAAGUUGAACAUAAAACUGUAUUUGGUCUUCUUAAAAUGAUCGAAAGCGAGAGACGAGGUGAAGCAGUUGAUAGGACUCUCCUUAAUCAUCUUUUAAAGAUGUUCACUGCAUUAGGAAUUUAUUCAGAAAGCUUUGAGAAACCAUUCCUUGAAGGCACUUCCGAGUUCUAUGCUGCUGAAGGAGCAAAAUACAUGCAGCAGGCUGAUGUUCCUGACUACCUGAAACAUGUGGAGAUAAGGUUGCAUGAGGAACAUGACAGAUGUGUACUUUACUUGGAUAUUGGUACAAGAAAGCCCCUUGUAGCAACCGCAGAACGACAACUUCUUGAGCGCCAUAUUUCUGCAAUUCUUGAUAAGGGUUUCACUAUGCUGAUGGACGGCAGUCGCAUUGAGGACCUUCAAAGAAUGUACGUUCUUUUCUGCAGAGUUGAUGCCCUUGAAUCACUUAGGCAUGCACUUAACUCAUAUAUCAGAAAGACUGGACAAGGAAUUGUUAUGGAUGAAGAGAAGGACAAAGAUAUGGUAUCUUGCCUUUUAGAAUUUAAGGCAUCUCUUGAUACAAUAUUGGAAGAUAGCUUUUCUAAGAAUGAAGCUUUUUGCAACACAGUCAAGGAUGCAUUUGAGCAUCUCAUUAAUCUUCGCCAGAACCGUCCUGCUGAAUUGAUUGCUAAGUUCUUGGACGAGAAACUCCGUGCCGGAAAUAAAGGUACAUCAGAGGAAGAAUUGGAAGGAAUGCUCGAUAAAGUAUUGGUUCUGUUCAGAUUCAUACAGGGUAAAGAUGUAUUUGAAGCUUUUUAUAAGAAGGACCUAGCUAAAAGGCUUCUAUUAGGAAAGAGUGCUUCCAUUGAUGCAGAAAAAUCAAUGAUAUCUAAGCUGAAGACAGAGUGUGGCAGUCAGUUUACGAACAAACUUGAAGGGAUGUUCAAGGACAUUGAACUGUCAAAGGAGAUAAAUGAAUCUUUUAAGCAGUCAUCUCAAGCUAGGACAAAGCUCCCAUCUGGAAUUGAGAUGAGUGUUCAUGUUCUAACAACUGGGUACUGGCCAACAUACCCUCCUAUGGAUGUUCGGCUUCCACAUGAACUCAACGUCUACCAGGACAUUUUCAAGGAAUUCUACUUGAGCAAGUAUAGUGGAAGGCGAUUAAUGUGGCAAAACUCACUGGGUCACUGUGUCUUAAAAGCAGAGUUUCCCAAAGGUAGAAAGGAACUGGCAGUUUCUCUAUUUCAGACUGUUGUUUUGAUGUUAUUUAAUGACGCCGAAAAGCUUAGCUUUCAAGAUAUCAAGGAUGCAACUAGCAUUGAGGAUAAGGAACUUAGAAGAACUCUACAAUCUCUUGCUUGUGGAAAAGUUAGAGUUCUCCAAAAGCUUCCAAAAGGGAGAGAAGUGGAUGAUAAUGAUUCAUUUUCAUUCAACGAUCAGUUUGCUGCUCCUCUCUAUAGGAUAAAGGUAAAUGCAAUCCAGAUGAAGGAAACAGUAGAAGAGAACACAAGCACCACUGAAAGAGUGUUUCAGGACCGCCAAUAUCAGGUUGAUGCUGCUAUCGUUCGGAUAAUGAAGACAAGGAAGGUGUUAAGUCAUACUUUGCUGAUAACUGAACUCUUUCAGCAGCUUAAAUUUCCGAUAAAACCAUCUGAUUUGAAGAAAAGGAUUGAGAGCCUCAUUGACAGAGAGUACCUGGAGCGGGACAAAAGCAAUCCUCAAAUAUACAAUUACCUGGCAUGAGCCGUGAAUGCCUAUCUCUUUGAAAAGAUCCUCCAAAGUCGGACCUGUACAGGAAUUUUCACUUUUACAUGUACUUUAGUUUUCUCAACACUGUUGUACUCUGUAUCCAUAAAGGCAUUUUUUUGGUUAUAUUUUAUUUUGAGAUCAGUUUUUAACUUCGAUUAAGUAUACAUGAGAUGGUACAUCUUUACAAGAAUUGAUCUUUUCCGGA